AAGAAACAGCGGCGUUCAAAGUCGUUCACCGGGUGCUACACUUGCCGUAGGCGAAAGAUUGCGUGCGAUUUGGGGAGACCGUCGUGCAUGAAGUGCAAGAAGUCCGGGUUUGUAUGCGAAGGGUACGACGUCAAGUUGAGGUGGUCCCAGCCGAUCGAGUUUGACAAGUACGGGUACCAGCUGCCGUCGAAGCCGAACCAGGAAACGGAGUACUGUCAGCGACGGUCGAUUGAGUACGUUCAGUACUCAGACAGGGCUGCUUACAAAUAUUACGACGAGAUGGACACAGACUUGGCGAGCUUGCACAACCGACACUUGGAGUCCAAGGGCCUGGCGACCGUGAUCAAGGGCCAUUUCGGCGUGUUCCGAGGAACGAAGCUCACGCCAAAGAAGAAGAGGCGACGGGUCAACGAACGGGCCGGCGAGAAGCAGGCCACCAAAGGUACCAGCCUGCAGAGCGCCAAACGGAAGAAGUUGUCCGACCUCACGCCCAUCCCCGGGACACAAUUCAAGCCAGCUAAGAAAAACCAGAACUUUCUGUAUCCUCAAAACGUUUCCACGUCUACCAUGCCGAACUCCGGCCAGUUUGACGGCACCAAGCAGGGCAACUCUAUGGGUAACGAAUGGCUUAGUACGGAGCUUCUUGACGCAGCGUUAUUGACCGCCUCUGCUUUGAACGGUGAUACCCAUUUUCUAGAUAUGUUUGACCUCGACAACUCAAACGCGCUCCAUAACAAUAACGUUAUCAAUCCUUUGGGCAGUUCUGGUGACUCGGGCUCCCAUCAUGGUUCUCACCAUAAUCCCUCACACUCAUCAACAACUGAUCUUUUCUCGGACUCUGUGCCCGACAAAAUGUUGCACCUGCUCUUCCAAGGUAGAAAUGUGAUGGACGUGCCCAAAGAUCCUCAACACAUUGUUCCAACAACAAAUCUGAACAAUAAAUUCAAGGGAAUCAAUCAACCUGUCAUUGGCAAUGAGAUCAAAAUACAUGCUUCUACCGGUAUCAAAAUGCCCAAAAAUAUAAUGGAAAUUCUAGAAACAACACCAUUGCCGAAAUCCUUAGCUAUCGAUAAGUUUGGAAUACCAACCACAUCGCUAAAUGUUCACCCUAUGGCAAGGUAUCUAUUAAAUUACUAUAUCGAAGACGUUGCGGAUAUGAUGACUGUCAUACCGUUGGCUAAAAAUCCUUGGAAAUUCAUUUACUUUCCUCGUGCGUUGAUGGCUGUUGGUGAACUUGCCUCCUUGGGUCGUACUUCAAAUGCCAGAAAUGGUUUGUUGAAUGCAUUGCUUGCUGUCAGUGCUUUCAAUUUACAAAGCAAAUUUGUACGUGGCAGUGACGAGAUGAAAUAUUAUGUCGAUCUUGGGAUCCAAUUAAGAAGGCAAGCCAAUGAAUUUGUUGAUAGAUGUAUGGAAGAAGAUAUUUUAUCGCAGAAGUACAAAGACGUCCUUGUGGCAGUAUUGUCAAUGGUCACAAUCGAUGUGGUUUGGGGAACUAUGUCUUCAUGUAAAAUACAUUUGGAUCAUUGUGAAAAGAUUAUUGAGAAGAAAAUGUUACAUAAAAAAAAGUUGUCCUCAAAAGCAAUCAUUCUACAUCGAAUUUUCAGUUCAUUGAAGCUAAUUCAGGAUUCAACCAGUUUGGAAAACAUUCAAAAAUCAGAAAUCUUUUUGAACGAGAAAAAUUACAAAAACUUUCUUACUGGUUCCAAACCCACAAAAGAACAAUUAGAUGAAAUAAACAAAGACAACUUUCGGGGAAUUUUUAGAGGAAAGUAUAAUGAAAAGAUCACUGAUAAUGGUAAAGUCAGAAUUGAGUUCAUAGUUAACAACGAGGAGAGCAAUUUGAAUAAUGAGCAGUUCGAUGCGAAUUCAGAUAUACCUGCUUUUGUGGAUAUCACCAGAACCAGUUUUAAACCAUCUAAAAACAAAUUGGAAGAUAAAGUGGUCUCUUCCGAUGCAAUUUACGGUUUACCAAACUCUUUAAUCUUGAUGUUUGGUGAAAUUGUUCCAUUGACGAGGUUCAAAAAAUAUCAUGAAGAUCACAACAUUAUGCUCCCUUCCUUUUUUGACGAAUUGGCCACUCAGUUAGAGUUUAAACUGUUGACAUGGAAACUAGAAUGGACACUUAUAGUGGAGGACGAUAACGGGUCCAGUAUUGGGGACUCUGUAGAUGAAGAUAAACGUCAGUUCAUAUCACCAAGACACGAAGGUAUAUAUCACCAUGUGAUGUCUUUUUACCAUGCCCUUAUCAUUUACUUUUAUCGCUUCAUCGAAGACGUUAAUCCGAUGUACCUGUUAGAGAGAAUCGAAAAAGUUCUACACCAUUUGAACAAAAUUCAAGACAUUCUUGAAAAUAAUAAAGAAACUUCAUACAUUAUUCCUUUAUUUUGGCAAGGAUUUAUUGCAGGCAGUGAAGCGAUGACUCUGUAUCUACAAAACGGAUUCAACAAAUGGGGCCAGGAUAUUGCUCAGACAGGAAUUGGAACAUAUUGGAAUGCCAGACAAAUUAUGCUCGAGAUAUGGCGUCGUAAAAAUCACAACGUGAAGAACAAUAGUUGGGUUGAUGUUCUUCGUGACUGGAAGACUAAUGUGAUGUUGACUUAAUUUUUGCUACAAUCGAACUUAGCUUGUAUAUUAGUGAAAAGUAUUAUUAAUUCGGAAACUCUAAUGUGUAAAAAGAAACGCGUAGUUCAAGCAAUCGCUUAC